AUGGAAUGCAAUCGGGACAAUGCGAAUCGCAUAAUAGACGAAUAUAUCUCAGGCUUAGGAGACAGCUUGCGGUAUUUGAACCAGAGCAUCCAUGACAACCCUGAGCUUGCAUACCAGGAACAACAUGCCCAUGCAACCAUAUGUAAUUUCCUAGAAAAGCGCACUACUAUUCCUGUGACUCGGAGCGCAUACGGUCUCGCCACGGCAUUCGAGGCCGUCAGCGGCUCUGGCGGGAAAUGCAUCAACUUCAAUGCUGAGUAUGAUGCUCUUCCCGGCAUUGGACAUGCCUGCGGGCACAAUCUCAUCGCAACGGCGAGUGUGACGGGCUUCCUGGCUUUAUCACAUUUGAUCGAACGAUCGGGGAUAUCUGGACGGGCUCAGCUGCUCGGGACGCCUGCGGAAGAAGAUGGAGGCGGAAAGAUCGAUCUGUUGAAGGCUGGCGCAUACGACAAAGCUGAUGUAUCGUUGAUGAUACACCCAACCUCAGAUCAACCCCUUCAUGGACACGGAAUCACCGGAGUAGCCGGCCAGACAUCCAUCUCCUGCUUCGAUCUCAUCUGCAUAUACGAGGGGGUCAGCGCCCACGCCAGCGCCAACCCCUGGGAUGGAGUCAACGCCCUGGACGCCAUCGUCUGCGCAUACAACAACAUCUCAAUGCUGCGGCAGCAAAUCAAGCCCGAAGAAAGAAUCCACGGAGCCAUCAUGGAAGCGCCUAAGAUCACCAACGCCAUACCCGAAAAGACAGUCACCAAGUACACCGUCCGCUCGUCGUCUAUGAAGAAUACAGCCAUCCUUGGAGAGCGCGUGCGUGCAUGCUUGCAAGCCGGAGCUCUCGCAACAGGCUGUAAGCUUCAUAUCGAGGAAACCCCACUCUACGCCGACUUGCGAGUCAACGAGCCUCUCUGCGACGAAUUCGCCAAAUGCAUGGCAGAGCAGGGAGAAAAGGUUCAGACCGUGCAUGAUGAUCCUAUACCGGGGUCAACGGACCAGGGAAAUGUCAGUUACGCUCUUCCGGGGUUGCAUGCUAACAUUGGGAUCCCGGUCUCGAGCGGUGCGUUUCCACAUACUCGUGAUUUUUGUACGGCUGCGGGAGAAGCAGCGGCUCAUGAUGUUAUUCUCAAGGCUGCAAAGGCCAUGGCAAUGACAGGAUGGGCUCUUUUGACUGAUGAUUCAUUGUAUGGGAGGGUUAAGGAUGCCUUUGAUCAGGAUUGUAAACUACGUUAG